GCGCGAUGAGGGCGGCGGGGCGGCGGCGGCGGGGCGGCGGGGCGGGGCGGGGGCUCCGCCGGGCUCUCUAGGACGCCGGCGCCCCGCACACCCACCAUGGAUCUGCUGCUGUUGGUGAACACGAGCCUGGGCUCUCCCAACGAGUCCCUGGCGCUGCCCCCCGCCUCGCCGUCCUCCUCGGCCCUCCUGCAGCCGCCCUCCCCCUACUCGCCGGCGGCCGUGGCCAGCCUGGCGGCGGUGGUGGGCUUCCUCAUCGUCUUCACCAUCGUGGGCAACGUGCUGGUGGUGAUAGCUGUGCUCACCAGCCGGGCGCUGAGAGCCCCCCAGAACCUCUUCCUGGUGUCCCUGGCCAGCGCGGACAUCCUGGUGGCUACCCUGGUCAUGCCUUUCUCCUUAGCCAACGAGCUUAUGAAUUACUGGUACUUCGGCAAGGCUUGGUGUAACAUUUACCUGGCGCUGGACGUGCUGUUCUGUACCUCGUCCAUCGUGCACCUGUGCGCCAUCAGCCUCGACAGGUACUGGUCGGUCACACAGGCGGUGGAGUACAACCUCAAACGGACACCGCGGCGGAUCAAGGCCAUCAUCCUCACCGUGUGGCUCAUUUCGGCCAUCAUCUCCUUCCCGCCAUUGAUCUCCGUCUACCGGGACCCCGAAGGAGAUGUCUUUCCCCAGUGCAAGCUUAAUGAUGAGACAUGGUACAUCCUCUCUUCUUGCAUUGGCUCUUUCUUUGCCCCCUGCCUCAUCAUGGUGUUGGUCUAUAUCCGCAUCUACCGCGUGGCCAAGCUAAGGACCAGGACCCUCUCUGAGAAGCGUACGAUGCCGGAGGGGUCCUCCCAGACUGAGAACGGCUUGAGCCGCGCUGCUGGUGGCUGCACGUCCCUGAGGACGCAGCUGGGAGAGAACGGACAUUACUCGGUGCACCAGUGGCGCAAAGCCUCCGAGCUGGAGGACAUUGAGCUGGAGGAGAGCAGCACCUCAGAGAGCAGGCGGAGGCGGAGCCGGGAGGAGCAUCGCCGCAAAAGCAAGAGCCAGUCCUUCUCCUACUCGUACUCCUCCAAGCACUCCAGUAGCCGUCUGUCCCGUGCGAGCAAUCGCUCCAUGCAGUUCUUCUCCUACCGCCGUCGCCGGAAGCGUAGCAGCAUCUGCCGUAAGAAAGUUGCCCAGGCCCGGGAGAAACGCUUCACUUUUGUGCUGGCUGUGGUCAUGGGGGUCUUUGUAGUUUGCUGGUUCCCUUUUUUCUUCAGCUACAGCCUCUAUGGUAUUUGCCGGGAGGCAUGUGAGGUCCCUGAGACUCUCUUCAAGUUCUUCUUCUGGAUUGGGUAUUGCAAUAGCUCCCUCAACCCAGUCAUCUACACCAUCUUCAACCAGGACUUCCGCAGGUCCUUUAAACACAUUCUUUUUAAGAAGAAGAAGAAGAACUUCCGGCAUUGAGCUGGAGGGAUGGAUUUGCCUUGAGCAGGAGCAGAGUUAAAAGAGAAGGCUCGGUGCUGGAAAAGAAGGGAGGGAAAAGAGCGUGGGGCUUGGGCUUAGUGAGCGGGAAGAGAGCUCAGCCCCUCGGAGGAGCAGGGUGAUGCUGUGGGGAGCGGGGAUGGUGUCGGGCUGAGGGCACUCACUGUGGUACAGAACGGUGACACGGUGCUGGGGGAGCAGUGCUGGAGUGUGGAGGGGGAAAGGGGGAGGGAGUGAUUGUCUCUGAACCCCGACGGAGGGCACGGGGAGCCCCACAGAGCAAAGCAGGCUGAGACACUGAGUUUGGGAGGCAGUGAGCUUCCAUGGGCUCUGGAAUUCUGUGGGAAAACAGAAAGAGACAUCAAAAGGAAAGGGUUAAGUGGCAGUGGUGGUGGAGAUUUGGAUAUUUAUAAAUAGGGCAGCUGGGACCUGUGGUGGAUUUGUCCCAGUAAGAAAUUGGCUUUUAAUGCUUGUGUGGGGAAGGAGAAUGCAAAGUACCACGCACUGACAGUGUUUUGAGUUAUAAAAGGAUUUAAAUGUUUGCCAAAAAACCCUAAAGAACAAUCCAAACUCUUUUCUAAAUAAACCUUUGUACUGUUAAAA